AUGACAAGUCCCGAUCCCCACGAUAUUGCCGGCGCAUACGCACAGCUAACAGAGGCAGAGAAGGCUGCCUCUCAAAUGGAGUCCAUGUUGGACGCCAUUGAGACCAAAAUGGCACGUCUUGAACAGCUUGCGGUCGAGGGAGACGUCUCUACCGAGACAGUUCAAGCGGCAAGAGAAUUGGAAACCUUGGAUAGAGAGCUUGACCAGCUCCAAGACGACGUUCACAGGGUGAACAUGGAGACAGGACUGUAG